AUGGCAAUGGAGAGUGUCUCUGAUCUAACUUCUGAUAGUGACUUUUGCCAACCAAUACCGGUCGCUCGAGGCGCUAACCGCAAUUGGAUAAAUAAGCCUACAAUGAGAAGAACACGAAGAAGCCAAGUGCCAUGUGGAAUUGGAGCUCGUGCACGGACGCGUUAUGGAUCACUACCGAUGAUAACACCAAUUGAUCAUUCAUCAUCCUAUGAAACAGAAACAACAAAUGAAGAUGAUGAUUCGGAAUUUAGCGAUCGGCGACAUCGCUCCCCUCCUCCCUCGUUACUUCGAGGUUUGAGCAUGAUUGAGGAACUAUCACCAAUCAAUGAUUCAUCUGACGAUAUCCCGAAAGUACCCUCACUGCAAUUAACCAGAAAUUGGCAUCCAUUAGCUACAUCAACAACAACUUCUAUUGGCUUACCAAAAACAAAUCCUCAUCAUUUGAAGACUAUUUCAACAUCAACUCCUGCAACAUCAAUAUCAUCAAGUGGACGUGGUCGAAGUUCUGUUCUUAGCGCGUUUAAUAAUAUUAUGUAUGAUACUUUAGAGAGACCUGCAAGUUUUUUCGAAGAGCAAACUCCUCGAAAAGAUUGGGGUCGACCGCAAUCAGAGAUUAUUUCUAGUGGCUGCUUGUCGAACAUAAACUGGAAACCAGAUCAUUUCGGACUACCAACACCAUUUGCUCGUCGAAUUGGAUGCAAAGGUAAACUAGAAUUGACGAUGUCCAUUUCUGGAUGUUAUUUAACUGUUAGUGUUGUACGAGCAGUAUAUUUUCUGGAUCCCGCUAUUGCGCAAGCCUCUUCAUAUGUUCGGGUUGAAAUAAGGCCAAACCCAUUGUACAAUAAACGGAUGCGAUCAUAUUCGGAGGAUCGUUUUAGUCAUUAUGAUAAGGAGAAAAGCUUCCGUACUCGCCUCGUACUUCUCAGCAAUCGUCCUCAAUUUCAUGAGAACUUUACAUUUGAGUUACGACGAAAUCAUUAUCGUCAUCACGAUUUAUUGAGCGUUAGCGUAUGGAUUACUAAUGCGGGUAAUUCUGCGCGGAAGCAAAUGCUUGGUUGUAUGGCUUUCCCAAUACGACGACUGAUUCGAAAAGCUAAUUUAAUGGUAUGCUUCUAA